CAUAUUCCGACGGGCAUUGUCACUGACCAUCGCCGCCGCCGUUGCCCCCUUUCCUUUCCCACUAAUCGCACCACCCGCCCCGUUGUAACCUUCUCUCUUCUUGCGACGCUCUCUCUCUCUUUCUCUCUCAAUCGAUCGAUCGAUCGAUUUCCCCGCGGAUUUCUUCCGAUUCCCGAUAACCAUUCUCCGAAUUCCGAUUUACCCUAAAAUUCUGCUGGGAGAAGCAGUGGCCUAAUGGGUUCCUCUCUCUCUCUCUCUCUCGAUUCCCCGCGGAUUUCUUCCGAUUCCCGAUAACCAUUCUCCGAAUUCCGAUUUACCCUAAAAUUCUGCUGGGAGAAGCAGUGGCCUAAUGGGUUCAUACUUCUCGGCUUGUAGGAAAUGACACAUGCCUGCUCUUUCACUGUUUCUAAGACUUUACAGUGGGGCACUUUGGCAACUAGGAGGUCAUUUUUUGGCUUGAAUUGCUUCAGGAACUGUUCAGUUAGGUCUAUAAGGAUGGAAAACGGUAACAGUUACAAUCUGAGGGGUGAGAGCAGUGAGUCUAGAGGUGCCUUGAUAGUUUUUGAAGGAUUGGAUCGUAGUGGGAAAACUUCACAGUGUAGUAGGCUACUCUCGUAUUUGGAGGGACUUGGACACUCAGCUGAAUUAUGGCGAUUCCCUGACAGAACUACUACUGUGGGGCAGAUGGUAUCUGCUUAUCUUUCAAACGAUUUGCAGUUGGAUGAUCACACAAUCCAUCUCCUUUUCAGUGCAAAUCGGUGGGAGAAAAGAUCAAUGAUGGAAGCUAAGCUGAGAGCUGGAACCACCCUCUUAGUUGACCGUUAUUCAUACUCUGGGGUUGCUUUCUCUUCUGCAAAAGGACUUGAUAUUGGAUGGUGCAAGGCACCUGAGGCUGGGCUGCUGGCUCCAGAUUUAGUGUUGUACCUAGAUAUACCACCAGAGAAAGCUGUAGAAAGAGGAGGAUAUGGAGGUGAGAGAUAUGAGAAGCUUGAGUUUCAGAAGAAAGUUGCCCAAUGCUAUAAGGUCCUUGAAGAUUCAUCUUGGAAGGUAAUAGUUUGUUUCAUCCUGUCUUUCUUAGCUAUAGAGUUACUUACUGGCUUUCUGCUUCCCACUCUUGAUUUGUGCCAUCUUGUGGCUCAUCACCAAGAAUCCUGUGGUUACUCUGAAAUUUCCUCGGAGCAAAAUUUUCCUUUUAUCGCGUCAAAAGGUAAUGUAGAUACUUUUGCCCCUCCUGAGUUGUUUGCAGAUUGUGGAUGCCUGCCAACCCUUAGAAGACAUAGGAAAACAGCUGCAGGAGAUUGUUUUUCAACAGGUUGUCACGUGCCAGAAAGGCAAACCCUUCUCCCUCCUCUGGCCAUGUUAGAUAAUACAUAUCAUCUUCUUCCUUAGAAGGAUCCCACUGCCAUCUUUUUACGAACUUGGCUUGAAGCUUCUAAAAAAUGUCAAGUACUUAUUAUUUUAUGUGUUGAGUGGUUUCACAUUUAUUUCCUAGACGUUAAAUCUCAGGACUACUAGUGCUCUCGAGUUUUACGAUGUUAUAUUCUUCAAUGCAAGUAUUUGGUAUCUAUCUGCUGAUGAAACAGCCAUUUCUGAUAUAUCAUUGAUGGUCAUGCUUAUCUCAUUCAUUGUCUAUU